AAGGUGCAUGUCAAAUUACUCCAAGUUUUGUUCAUCUUAUCUGUAUCGACGUUCCCGUCGACUGCUACAAAAACAGCCCUAUUGAAUGUCGACAUCCAGAAUUGUUUUGUGACUAAUGGAACCUUGCCCGUACCAGAUGGGGAGACGAUCGUCCCCAUCAUUAACAUCAUCCUUCAAGGACAACAAGACAAGUUUGAUGUAAUUUUCAACACGCAGGACUGGCACCCAUAUGAUCAUAUAUCGUUCGCUUCGCAACAUCUGGGUCACGAUGUAUAUGACGUCAUCGAUCUGAAGUACAACCCACACGGUGACCUUUGUUCGACUUCCACUGUGAAUACAAGCUAUUCUACCAAGUGCAGUGUAGUUGCCCACAAUGUAUCACAGACUCUUUGGCCGGACCACUGUGUGAUUAACACAACAGACGCUGACUUUGUCUCGACAUUGCUGACCACUGACAAAACUUUUAUUAUUCAGAAAGGAUACAAUAGGAAGAUAGACUCUUACUCUGCAUUUUAUGACAACGGUGGUUUCACACAGACAGAACUACACAAUCGUCUGAAGAGUUUUGAUAUAGACACCCUGUUCAUUACCGGUCUUGCUACUGACUUCUGCUUGUAUUGGACUGCCAAAGAUGCCAAGAGAUUAGGUUAUAAUGUGUACGUUGUCUUGGAUACAUCAAGAGGUAUCACGUUUCAGGGAACAAUCGAUGCUGUUGCAGAUAUGAGAACUAAAGGAAUACACAUAAUCAAUUCUACAGACGUGGCUAGUGCAUUAGAAGAUUUGAACCAGUCGUCUUAUGCAACAACAUUGCCUUCAAACCACAUAUUGGUCCCUAUGGUCCUGGUAGCAUUUUGGACUAUGUUGGAUAGUAUUGUAUUUGAAUGAAAACAAUUGUGUGCCAACUGAUUUCAUAAUAUAGCCAAUGAAACGGUUUUAAACUUGCUCAACUUAUAAGACGAUGAUUUAUAAGAAUAUCACACUUAUGGACAUAUAGAG